CACGAAGCCUAGCAUUGUGUCGACAAAGUUCUCGAAUCAGUGCUGUUUCGUUCUAAGUGAAUGGCGCAAAACGUUCAGUCAGUCAGUUUCGUGCAUUCAAGCGAGCGGACGUGUGUGGUUGCGGUCACGGAAAUUUUAAAAAAUGCUGUGCCCCACGCUAUUCCUGGCGACGCUGGCUCUUGCGAGCUGCGACGUGUCCCACCUGCUGUCCAGCACAACUCCUGAGCCGCCACCGAAGCCCUACGUGUUCUCUUACACCGCCGGCAGGUACCCUGGCCAUGCUGAUCGGUCCCACACUGAAGUCAGCGAUGGCAGUGGUGUCGUUAAAGGAUCAUUCUCCUACGUAGACCCAGCCCAGAAGCUGCGCACAGUGGACUACAUAGCGGACAAGCAGGGCUUCCACCCGAUCCUGAGCGACGUGCCUCCGGAGCACCCGCGGGACUCCGCCUCGGUGGCGCAGGCUAAGGACCGCCACUACCAGCUGUACGCCAAGAUCGCUGAGGAACAUGCUAACCCGCAUCCUGAAUUAAUAUCAGCUCCAGUAGAAACGCAAGCGGUCGCAGCAGCUCGCGCGAAGCACGCCGAACUGUUCCGAGUGAUCGCCGAGCAGCACGCCAGGAUCGCCGCCGAGAGGGAGGCACUCCUCAGGGAGGAGGAGGAGAAACAGCAGUUGCAGGAACUGGGACAGUAGACUAGGACUUCUCUCGUUGUACUUACUGCUGGUUGCAUCAAAAUAUGAGGUCACUUCUAACCUAUCUAUCCAUGCUUUGCGAUUAGAGAUUGUUUGACCUAAUGUCGAAAAGUCUCUGGUCGCAAAUCGACGGAUAGGUUAAAGAAAUCCACGGUAGAACUGAAUUUGGGGUUAAAAUAAUCCCUCUUCUCUUGCAAUACACCCCAUAAGUUCUUGUAUGCAUAAAGAUAAAAAUCGAAUGACAAAAUUGUAUUAUACAGUACAUAAGCAAAAUCUGACAGGAAUUAGCUGCUUUACUGACCGUUACAAAAUGGUCUACUGUGAAUUUAGAUGACAUAAAGAUCUUGAAUUUUGAUGGAACCAGCUGUCAGACUUGAUCACUAAAUAUGGAUUAGCAGAUGGAUAGAGCUUUAAUGACCUAAAGUCUGGAGGUGUUUUUGAGGUUCUUAAUGCCUUCAAAGAUCCUUAGAGAAUCUUAUUCGAAUGAUCCAUGUUAUAGUCAGAAUAUACUGGUUGGAAAAAAAUCCUUGCAAACUUGAAGUAUUUUGUUAGUGACACUUUGUUAGUACAAUGAAAGGAUCCCUGCUAUCCAUAUUUGGCAAUUUUACCGACUGCGUGAGACGUAAGUUAAAUACAAAAUUGUUACAUAUUUUUAAACUAUUUAUGUAGGUUUAUUUUACUAAAACCUUUUACACUUUUACAUCGACUUUUAAAAUAUCUUUAAGUAAUCUGUAAGUGUAUGUUUUAAUCGAAUUUUUAAAACAUUUUGAAAAGUCGUGUUUGUCAUACGCCAUCUGUGGUUAAAAACAAGAACGAAUCUACUGUAAAGUUACCUUGUACUGUGAAUAAUUAUGUAGGAUUGUAUAUAAAAUAUUAAAUGUAAGUAUUUUAAUAAUACUCUCUCGAAUUGCCAUAUUAAAACCAAUUUGAUAUUAUUACUACUAAGUAUUGGUAUUAAGAAAUUUUGUAUUUUUUGUAAUGUUUUUUAAUGUGAAAACAUCUCACUAUAAAAAUAAUAAUAAAUAGUAAUAACUUA